CUCUUUCCCUAACCUAUUCCAGUUUUCCUAACCCUAAAUACAGCAGCGCCGCACCUUCUUCUUAUUCUUCCUCUUCAUCUGAUUUUUGGACUCCGAUUGCUAAAAAAAGAUUUGGUUAACGUUUGUGUUACCGAGAUGGCGACCUUCGCCAAACCGGAAAACGCUCUUAAGCGAGCUGAAGAAUUGAUAAAUGUGGGGCAGAAACAAGAUGCUUUACAAGCGCUGCAUGAUCUGAUUACUUCAAAAAGGUACCGAGCAUGGCAAAAGACACUUGAAAAGAUCAUGUUCAAAUAUGUCGAGCUUUGUGUUGAAAUGCGUAGAGGGAGGUUUGCAAAGGAUGGUUUAAUACAGUAUCGUAUAGUGUGCCAACAAGUUAAUGUAAAUUCGUUGGAGGAGGUGAUUAAGCAUUUUAUGCACCUUUCUACUGAAAAAGCUGAACAUGCUCGGAGUCUUUCACAAGAAUUAGAAGAAGCUCUUGAUGUUGAUGAUCUAGAAGCAGAUAAGAGGCCGGAAGAUCUGAUGCUCAGUUAUGUCAGUGGAGAGAAGGGAAAAGAUAGGUCGGACAGAGAACUUGUUACUCCUUGGUUCAAGUUCUUGUGGGAAACUUAUAGAACCGUGCUGGAAAUAUUGCGAAACAAUUCAAAGUUGGAAGCACUAUAUGCGAUGACAGCACAUAGAGCUUUUCAAUUCUGUAAGCAGUAUAAACGGACUACGGAAUUUAGGCGGUUGUGUGAGAUCAUCAGAAAUCAUUUAGCAAAUCUCAACAAAUAUAGAGAUCAAAGGGACCGGCCUGAUCUGUCAGCCCCAGAGAGCUUGCAGCUGUAUCUUGAUACAAGAUUAGAGCAGUUGAAAAUUGCCACAGAGUUGGAACUCUGGCAGGAAGCUUUUCGGUCCAUUGAAGAUAUCCAUGGACUAAUGUGCAUGGUUAAAAAGUCUCCAAAGCCAUCACUGAUGGUUGUGUAUUAUGCUAAGCUGACAGAAAUUUUCUGGAUCUCAUCAAGUCAUCUUUACCAUGCUUAUGCAUGGUCCAAACUUUUUACUCUUCAGAAAAGCUUCAAUAAAAACUUAAGCCAGAAGGAUUUACAAUUGAUAGCCUCAUCUGUUGUCUUGGCUGCACUAGCAGUGCCUCCCUACAACCACACACGUGGGGCAUCCCAUUUAGAACUUGAAAAUGAAAAAGAACGCAACUUGAGGAUGGCCAAUCUUAUUGGGUUCAACUUAGACCCAAAACCUGAGAGUAGAGAAGUGCUAUCAAGGUCAGCCCUUCUGUCAGAACUGGUUUCCAAGGGUGUAUUGAGCUGUGCUAUGCCAGAAGUAAAGGAUCUAUACCAUCUUUUGGAACAUGAAUUUCUUCCAUUGAAUCUCACAGCUAAGAUACAGCCAUUAUUAUCCAAAAUUUCAAAACUUGGAGGGAAAAUUGCUUCAGCUUCCUCCGUGCCAGAAGUGCAGUUAUCUCAGUAUGUACCAGCCCUUGAAAAGCUUGCUACCCUGAGAUUGCUCCAACAGGUGUCUCAAGUGUAUCAGACAAUGAAAAUCGAAAGUUUGUCUCAGAUGAUUCCCUUUUUUGAGUUUUCUGUUGUGGAGAAGAUUUCUGUUGAUGCUGUGAAGCACAAUUUCAUAGCCAUGAAAGUUGAUCACGUGAAGAAUGCCAUAUUGUUUGGUAAUUUGGAUCUUGAAUCGGAUGAACUGCGAGAUCAUCUUGCAAAAUUUGCCGAGUCUUUAAAUAAAGCAAGGACCAUGAUAUAUCCUCCAGUAAAGAAAUCAUCAAAAUUAGGUGAUAUUUUACCUGGACUAGGGGAUAUUGUGGAUAAGGAACAUAAGCGUCUUCUUGCUCGUAAGACAAUUAUUGAGAAGAGGAAGGAAGAACAAGAACGUCAACUAUUGGAAAUGGAACGAGAGGAGUCGUCAAGGAGGCUGCAGCAACAGAAGAAAAGAGAAGAGGCAGAGCAGAAGAGGCUUGCUUCUGAACUUGAGCAACGGAAGAACCAAAGGAUCCUUCAAGAAAUAGAGCAGCGAGAACUCGAAGAAGCACAGGCUUUGCUAGAGGAUGUUGACAAGCGGAGUAAAAGGAAGGGUGGAAAGAAGCCAAUCAUAGAAGGAGAGAAGGUGACAAAGCAAACUAUAAUGGAAAGGGCCUUGAGCGAGCAGCUCCGGGAGAGGCAGGAGAUGGAAAAGAAAUUACAAAAGUUGGCUAAAACAAUGGACUUUUUGGAAAGAGCUAAACGAGAAGAGGCAGCUCCACUGAUAGAAGCAGCUUUCCAACGGCGAUUAGUAGAAGAGACGGCCCUUCAUGAACGUGAGCAGCAGCUAGAGACUGAACUGAGCAGACAGCGUCAUGAUGGGGACCUCAAAGAGAAGAAUAGACUGUCUCGAAUGCUCGACAACAAGAUGAUUUUCCAAGAAAAAGUGGUCGGUCAUAGGAAAGUUGAAUUUGACCGCCUGAAAGCAGAGAGGUCAGAGAGAAUAAAUCAGAUCAUUCAUGCUCGAAAGCAAGAGAGAGAGGUCAUGAGAAAGAAAAUUUAUUAUGUGAAGUGUGAAGAGGAGAGACUGAGAAAGCUACAUGAAGAGGAGGAAGCCCGUAAGCAUGAAGAAGCUGAGAGACAAAGGAAAGUAGAAGCAGAACGCAGGGCAAAAUUAGAUGAAAUUGCUGAGAAACAGAGGCAAAGAGAAAGAGAAAUAGAAGAGAAGAGGAGAUUAACUGAUGCGUCUUCUAGGCCUUUAGAUCUUCCUGCUGUGUCCCGUCCAGAGCUAGGAGCAUCUGCUCCUGCUGCUGCAGCUGCAGCUGCAGUGGGUGCAGCUGCUCCAGCUGCUGGGAAAUAUGUGCCUAGACAUCGUCGGGACAAAGAAACCCCAGCCCAGGCUCCUCCUGAGGCUGAUAGGUGGGGCAGUGGGGGUUCCAGGCAGGCUCCUUCAGAACCAGGACGGUGGAGUGGUGGUGGUGCUAGGCAAGCACCUGCAGCUGAUGGAGACCGCUGGGGCAGUAGGCAGCCUCCUCCUGACACUGACCGCUGGGCCAGCGGCACAAGGACUGAAGAUCCAAACCCACCUGGUGAUAAAUGGCGCGGUGGCAGCACUAAGUCCACUACUUGGUCAUCAUCUAGGGCCCGGGAACGUUGAGAUUACUUGAAGAUAUGUGAGAAUUUUGAUUUAUUGUGCUCUGGACUGUAUGGUUUCUUGGUGAUAAAGUGAAAAUACCUUGAGAGGGAACCCUAGGAAUAAUAGCUGUUUCUAAUUUUGAGACCUGCCAUUAAGAAGCGGUUUCCUUGUUUUUUCUUUUUUCUUUCUUGGUACAAGUUUCUACUAUUGUUCGUUGUAAUUUGGAUCUCUAAGAAUUGGACGUUUUGAAGAGUUAUUUGUUCUUUUGAACUUUAAACAGUUAUGUCCUUUUCUCGAUA